AACGGACUUGCCAGAGACCGAACAGGACUAGCUCGGCUUGGACUGGCUGGACUCUCCGUUCUCUCGACGCGCGACUUGGAGACUCGACACAUCAGACGGACUACUCACGGUCCAUUGUCUCCUCGCACAAUGUCGACAUCGCGACUGCCCAGAAUUGCCGCUCUCCGCAAGCAUCAGCUUUACUUGGAAUUCUCAAGUCUAAAGCAUGCGGCCCCUCCUGGCACAUAUGUGAGCAUCGCCCCGAAUGACCCUACUCUGUGGAUCGGAGUAAUCUUUGUACGGUCCGGUCCCUAUGCCAGCGCCGUCCUCCGCUUUCAGAUUCGUUUCCCUUCCUCAUAUCCCGACCUUCCACCUCUUGUCACCUUCGCGACCGAUGUUUUCCAUCCACUCAUUGUCCCUCUUACCACGUAUACUUUCAGCACCAAUGCGUCGAGCGAAGAUCCCGUGAGCGCGACGGACGAAGAGCGACUACCCCCGGGCGGGUUCAGUCUCCGUCAUGGAUUUCCCCACUGGUUUGGUCGAGAAAAGCGCAACGGUACCGGCUCAAACGCUUCAUUGGGGACGGGCAGCGUGCACGGCUCGACUGCCGAAGGAGAAACAACGGAUGCAGUCAGCAAGGAUGGCUCUGUCCAUGAAAACGUGGACCCCUCUGCGAAACCACAACCCGAAGGCGAAGGCGACAGAACUACCGGCGAGAAAGUCGAUACUUCGUCUGUAUUUCAGCAGGAUGACAAGGUGCAAUCUGUCCCGGUAUCGCUCCUAUUAGAUUACAUUCGCUCCACGUUUGAUGACGAGACCGUGCUCGACUCUUUACCGUUGGAGGCUGCUGGUAACCCGAGCGCUUGGCAUGCAUGGAAAGCCCAUCGAAAGGACAGCGGCAACUCCAGCCUGGGUUAUAAUGCCAAACGCGGGAGUCCGCAGACACGACUCCCCGGCGACUGGCACUGGGAUGGAAUUUGGGCCAAGCGGGUACAACACGAGAUUGAGGCUAGUCAUUCGGAAUCGACGCUAUUUGGCAGCGCUGCUCGAGGAGGGACUGAAGAUACGAUCCGGUUUUCCAGAUUAGACGAUGCCACGUUGACAUCAGUCAAGAAUAUGAUCAUUCCAGUAGUGGAGGAGGCACAUGAGUAAAUCGGAUUCAUUGUUUAUCAUUAUACCCAAUACCGCUGGUCAGUCGAUUCAAUGUCACAUUUAAUGACCUUAUUAUCAAUUCAACCUCGUCUUUGUUAUGAUCUCGAUGUGCAGCAUCGUCUACGCUUGGUGGAUGACCGGCCGCGGUUGUUCCUUCCCCCCGGAACCUAAUACCUGUCGUCAGAAUGGCGACUCAAUAGCCGCAUGGAAAGACCGACGGCUCUACAUCCUCCCCACUAUCUCAUUCGAGGGCCCAAAAAACAUUAUCUUUACCAAUUCUUACAUGCCCGACCACUCCCAGUGCCUUGUAUCCCCAAGCAAACAUGUCUAAAGCCGUGUAUAAUAAGUACAAGACGUCGAUCAUUGUGCUCGCACUGGUCCUUGUUCCGAUUUUCGUCAUCGGCUGCGCCUUCGCUGCUGCUCUGGCCUGCUCG